AUGCUUGAGGCGCUGUUUUUCCACUGCUGUCGGUUGAACUCACAUGACUGUUCACAGAAGGCCAGUUCACCGGCUAGACCCUUAGCCGGUCAGCCGAUCGACGGUGCAUCUCUUAACCGUUCAACUGCUCGGCCCCAAGUCGUCUCCAUUUCAUCCGUUUCUGCAAGUGGCUUUAGUGAUAGUGUUCAUCUCACGCCCCCAAGUACACGCCUACCUGAUCCACUACAGUGUAUUCAGCCCGACGGAGACACAAAAAGAACACCUCAGAGGAAGAACAUUAUAGUUGCCGCAUCAGUUGAAUCAACUGGUGCUUCUUGCGCCGCCCCUUCUGCGCCCAAUUUUUUGUCACACAUUUGUGUCUCGAACAACACCGUUGUUCCAGUAAUUGGCGCCUGGGUCCCGUCUGAUUCUAAACGUGUACGCCGACCAGUCUCGAGGCGGUUAACACAAGCCCCUGAAGCAACUGUUUCCCAGGGCGCACCAAUUCUGCCCUGCUAUCGGGCUACUCACAAACCUUUUGCAGCCUCAAACACCGACGUAUCUCAGGCGAGUUCUGACCCCGCACUCAUCGUCACUUCCCCCAUCUGUGUUGGCCUCUUGCAAUUCAUCCAAGAAACUGAUGUGGUCCUAAGUCAUAUCACACCGUGGAUCUAUAAUAUAACCCUUUCCGAGCAAAUUUCCCGGAACUGUCCACCGGUAUGUGUCCUAUCUAAUUUCUUGUGGAUUGCCCCUGUCUGGAAUCCCUUAUUAACCAACUCCACACAAGACACCUUUCUCCCUACUGCAGAACUACCUUCCUCUGUGAACGUUUCAGUUCCUUCUAUUGGCUCACCUUCUGUCCAUAAGAUAGGUCGCUGUGCUUUCGAUACACCAACCUCCUGUCGGAAAGCCCUUUGCGUUUAUCCUUCUACUGGACCGUUUUCGCUCAAGGGUUCUUCCCUGUUCAUGUCAACCUCAGCACGUCCUCCUCGUAUGCCGAACGUACCUAGCAGCGGUAUUGUCCGCUCUGGUACCACUCAUGCUAUGACCGGUGUUACUCCAUCCACGGAUAAUAGACCGGUACGCCUAGGAAGUGUCGCUUCUCGAGAAUCUUCCUACUCUCCCCCCGCGGACCGCAAAGCAUCUGGCACUCGUCGUCCCAAUAAAGGGGCUGGUGGUGUACAACCAGAUGAAGUCAACGCCGCUUUGCUUCGAAAGUUGGAGAAAACCGCUUUGUCCGCCGUAAGUUCUGGUCACGAAUCAGCUCAGGGGAUGUACAAUGAAACCGAUUAUCUUGAUGUUCAGAAUCCUUUUGAAAUUGAUCCCGACGACGAUGAUGAUGCCGAUAACGAAGGUGUAUUACUAUUGGCCAGUGCUUCUCUUCGUUUGCCUCCUCACCAAGCUCAUCUGACACAAUCUGACCAUCUUCCUUCAUCAUCAUCCAAUGCUCUUCCGUCUCCCCUCAAUCGGUUACUACGGCUUCUUUCUUCCGGAGCCCAAGUGAUCAGUUUGAAACCAGUUCGAGCGUUCAAACCACCUUCUCCUUCGGUGCCUUCACCGAAGAUUCCCGUUGUUGAGAAAUCCACUCAAACCGAUGGUCAUAUAGUUUGCAAGGGCUGUGGAGCUAAGUUAAGUUUUGCUGCUCCGAAGAAGACGUACAUCGCUUCCAGCACCACUCAUCUUUCUAAGAAGAAUGUUCUAUACGUUUCUCUCAUUGAAAUAUUACCUGAAGUCAUCCCGCUUUCCAGGGGCGUUUCUUUGCGCCGUCCUAGAUCCUCUCUGGCGACUGCUCCAACCGCGAUAUCAACACAAAGCGCUCAAGCUACUCGGUUCCGAUGGCCUGCGGACGGGGAGAUAGUAGACUGUGUCGAAACGCUGCCAGACAGUCCGGUCGCCGUUUUCAUCUUGCCAAUCUUGUGUGACGCCAUCACAUCAGCUUGCCCUCGUUUCUCCAAAACCGUGAAAUCUGUCAUUGGAAUUUGCGUGACGCGUACGACCAUUUGUGGUCCACAUGCCCCUAGAUUCCCUGCUGAGUUGUUCAAACGAACUGUGAAGAUGGCUGCUCCGCUUAACCUCCAGGCUAAUGGCGUCUCAAAAGUGCCCGGUAAGGCGGCUACAAGCACCGUUGCAGACGAGGAGUCUGAUGAAGAGUCAGACGGUCGGCGUCUUCGAAGACAUCUUCGCCGAACACAGAAAACGCAAGAAAUCAAUGCAGCCAUGAUCACUGCAGCCAUGCGUCAAAACGAGUUAGUUAAUAUUCAGGAAAAUGGACACCGACAAUAUCAAAUGUGUGAUCAAAUCAUGAAUGAAACAGGUACCUUCCGGGAUUCGGCGAACAGUGGUGUAGAUGCUCCAGAUUCCUCUGUCACAGAGGCCAUCACCGAGACUGAGAUGGACCUGCAGCAACCACCCUCUCGUCUGGCUGAAGCUAGACAGCGUGCGAAGAAGUUAAUCGAACAGCGAAAGCUGAGUAUGCAGGAACACACGACCACUGCUCAAACGGACCAAUUUUCAGAGGUGAAUGAGGAUGGCCGUGCAGACUCAGGCGUGGUCGAUGACGUCGACGGUCACCUUGUCUACAGUAUCGGACAGAUGAUCUUUGAUCGAUAUGAAAUCGUGAAGACCUUGGGCGAAGGAACGUUUGGAAAAGUAGUCGAAUGUGAAGAUCGUGUGCAGUGA